GCUGGGUGGAGUUUCCCCGCCCACUAGAGCAUGCAGAGACAGUACAUUGAUCAUGAAGAGACUUGUUUGCUGUGAAGAUUAUGAAGAGGAGGCAGAGAAGGUAUUGAUUAAGGAAAAAUGGGAUUAUUUCUCGGCUGGGUCUUGCCUUGGAUUGACAGCAAAGGAGAACAUAGAAGCAUACAAAAGUUAUUAUAUUCUUCCUCGUGUAUUACGUGAUGUGUCCAACAUUGAUACUGCCACUACUCUUCUUGGUCAGAAGGUAGCAACUCCAAUAGGAGUUGCUCCUACAGCAAGACAUCAUAAUGCCCACAUUGAUGCAGAAAUCCCUGUUGCGAAAGCUGCCAAGAGGAGUGGUGUAUGCAUGACACAAAGUAUUCACUCGUUUAAAAGUAUUGAAGAGAUUACUGAGUCAUGCGAAGGUGAAGGAUUAAGAUGGAUGCAAAUACAACCGAUGAACGAUCGACCUGUAUUGGCUGAUAUUAUUCAAAGAGCAGAGAAAGCUAACUACAAAGCUAUUGUAAUCACUUGCGAUGACCCAAGGAUGCCACUGCAUUACAAACUGAUGAGAGAUUCUCCAACUUUAGCUAUUGACCCAAAAGUGGAGUACAUGGGGAAUUUCUCAAAGGAAUUUAACAACUUGAUAUUCCAGGGCAUGCAGGAGGAUAUAUCUAAAUGGAGGAGAGCAGUAGAUAAGCAUUGCAUUAAUUCAAGUACUUGGGAG